GAAAGCAAUUCAGGCAUAUCCCAUCCUUCCAUAUCAGUAAUUUCUAAUGAUUGUCUCCCGAUGGAGUCUCCAUUCUUCGAUUUUGUUAUUGUCGGGGGAGGCAUCGCUGGUGUUGUUUGUGCGGAGACGCUAUGCCAACUAAUCAGGCCCAGCAUAUACUCUGGGUUGAUUUCUUGCUGUUCUUCAGCUCCAGCUCUUACUAAUUGCUCCAAAGGUUCACCAAACAAUUUUGAUGGGGAGAAAAUGCGGUAUCAACACUCUGUUUGUUUGAUUUCCGCUUCAGCGAGUAUCAAAGCUGCUAUCAACAUCCGGCGUGUCACUUGUCUUCUGGAGUCAUUUGAUGUCGCUGAGCUGGAUAAGGAUCUUUGGUCCUCUGCCUACGAGGGGUCAUUAACAGUUAUUCACGAUCUUCUUCAAAGGAUCGAGUAA